UAGCCCAAUUAGUUCCGAAGCCCAAAGCAUUAACAAUUAACAUUCGCAGUCUGUGUUCCAUUCCAUCACCAACAUCCCCUGUUCUAAGCUUAAACAGGUUUCUCUAAUCUCUCAUUCUCACAGCAUGCAUGCGCUGCAUUGUUCCCUCUUCUCUUAACUCAUGGUUUCAGCGUGACAUGUCUCAGCCUCAAAAUAAAAUGGAUGCAUCUAACCAAUAUCCAACCACAUUAGCAAAAUUAGGACCCAACAAUAACCUAAAAAACGAUACACCUAACGAUGAUCAAUGUUUUCUCCUUUACUUCAUUAUGGGCACAUACUUUGGCCCUCAUAUCAAAGGUGAGAAAAAAUCAGUGUUACAAAGAGUAGCUGAAGGACUUCCUUCAUACUCACGUGAUCAAUUAACAACUUCAAACAUCAAAGUUGUUGAAUUGGAACGCAUUUACUAUUAUAUACUUAGGAAUGUUGAUAAAUCAUUAACAGUAAAGUUACCCUUUUUGCGCCGUUACUUUCAAGGGUUAGAAUUUGGUUCCAAUUGCAAUUACCCUCAGUUUCCUGAUUUGUUCCCUCUUGAAUUACACCCUCAAUAUAGGUUUAAGAGUCAGUAUAAGAUCGUUGAAAGUGUUGUCUUCAUUGAUAGCCCUGAAAUGUUUUACCUUAAUCAUGAGGAUGUUGAGAGGUUUAAGAGAUUGAGUGGGGUGGAGGAUUUUGUUGUUGACAAAGAUGCUGCUAGAUUGUUUAAUUUUUUUGAUGGUAGCGGUUUGCGUAAUAGGUCAGUUCGGAAGGUUGGGGUUAAUAGAAAUAUGCCUUUGCCUGAACUUCAGUCUUGUAGUAGGAGUAUUGCUUCGAAGAAACUGAAUGAAAGUGAUGAUUUUUCUGAAUUGCCGCAUGCUCGUGUUGUUACGCCUAUUAGUUGUGUGCCGUGUGAUGGUGAUAUGGAGGCUUCAGAAGAGAAAGGUGAUUCGGAGAAAGUUGGUCCUGCUGCUGUCUUAUUCCUUCCUUCUCGUCCGAGUAAGAAGGAAUGGUCUGACAUUGUGGCUGCUACCAAGAAUGGUUUUGGAUUGACCGGAGGUGCGGCUAUGGGGCGGGUUGGACCCAUAAUUGGACUUGUGGAUAUUGGAGAGUGUGAAGACUCGUACCUAUUUCGUAUGUCUCUCCCUGGGGUGAAGAGGGAUGAAAAGGCAUUCAGCUGCGAGGUUGACACGAAUGGCAAAGUAUUGAUACGCGGAGUAACCACAACAGGAGAGAAGACAGUGUCAAGGUACUCUCAGGUGUUUGAAAUGCAAACUCACAACCUUUGCCCACCAGGCCAUUUCUCUAUCACAUUUCAGCUGCCCGGCCCCGUUGAUCCGCAUCAAUUUUCAGGUAACUUUGGCAUUGAUGGGAUUCUUGAAGGAAUGGUUAUGAAAGGGAAACCUAGGUAAUGUCAAAGUUCUGUCCAAUUAGAAUCCUUCUAUAAAUUCCGCCCGGCACUAAGUUGAUGCAGAAUGUCAAGAAAGUGUGGUUUUGAGUAACAGUACCCUGUACAGUGUCUAUCUUAAUGUUAUUUAUUUUUUGAGAGUCGGUGAUGUACAUGCUCUUAGAUGCUCUCUUUGACAUUGUCUUCAUGUAGAAGACAAGAAGUGGUGAUGACAGGACUAAUUAAUCCAUUUUGUGGACAUGUAAUGCAAGAGUGCUUCACUGGCAUGUGAGCACCACAUGCAUGCACAAUCCUAUGAUCCGCAACUAUCACUAUUCAUUAGUUGAAAUCCCAUUGUUAAGAUUAA